GUUUCCCAAAGUGUUGGGGGGUUAUGUGAAAUUUACCCAUAAAAGAGCUCUCUGUUUCGCUUCGUCAAUCUCCUCCACUCACUCAGCUGUUGUCCCUUCUUGACAGUUACAAACAAAUUAUAAGCAACCCUAUGGCCAUCAAAGCUAGCACCAAGUUGCUGAACAAAUCCAUUAAGGGGGGAAAAAGCCCCAUCUCAACUAUUAUACUAUCAAUUGCGCAUUAAGUUUGCUUACUGCGAUGCCCGCAAUGUGUUUGUGGAAAUGCAUCUAUGAAACCAAACAGACAGAUUCUACAAAGUGCAACUUUAUAAUUAAAAUGUGGGUUAUCUUGAUUCAAAAAUUGUGGGCUAUUAUUGAUUUCAGUAGGAGCGCCCAGUUAGGGAAAAACUAACUAUAUUUUCCGUGCUCUUGUUGAUGCGCUUAUUACAAAAUGAACCGAGAAGAAGACUCCUUGUAAUUGGGUAUUCAUUCAGCCAUUUCAUGGUCCAUUACCAAAUAUAUCAGCGGCUGCUUCCAGAGAAGGAAGCAUACAACACUGAUCGAGCUGAUAUUCAUUGUUUUCUUGGUAUGGUACAUGGGUUACUUUCAUCUUGUAUAGAAGUUCAUAACAGUGUACACAUCCAUUUGCAGAAACGUGGUAACUCCAAAAUCUUAUCCAACUAUUGGAGGUUCAGAUAUUUGGCGAGAUCAUCCCACAUAGGAUUCUGGGCCUUGCAUAGGCAUCUCUUUAACUUUUGGAAUUCAAAUCAUUCUGCACUAGCUGAGUUGCAAUGUUUAGAGGCAUGUCAAUGCUUGUCACACCACCAUUUAUUUGUCCUACAUGGGGAACUUAUGAAAGUAUGUAUGGGUUUAUAAGGUGAGUCAUGAGAACCAAUUGCAAAAAUAGCAAGUCAUUUUUGGCAGUGGUUUGAAGCAAAAACUCUUAGUGGGUCCCAGGGCUUAUAUGGCACAACUGGCUUGUAGACCCAGGGUAUAUGACAUUGCUUGUAAUUUUUAUGUUUCAGACAAGCAUGAUUUAUGAUUCUUUACUACACAUUGAAAGGGUAGAAGCUUACUUUGUGAUUUGGAGAUGCCAAUUGCAGAAGCUUCAUUUUUGGCAUUUCGGAAUCCGGGGUGCAAAUCUAACAUACUGAGUUAAAACAUAGCAUCAAUCCAUAUUCUUGAGCCCUAAAGGUAAGUUUAAAUGCCAAGCCAGUAAACUAAACCUAUCCUUGAGUUGUACAUUGUUCAUGGGUUGUUUAGAUUACUUCGUAUCAUUUGGAAUGAACCAUCAAAUUAGGAGUUAAAAGCUCAGCCAAAGGUAAUGUACAUUUUUCUUAAUCAAUUUUCUAGGUAAACAACAAUAAUAUACAGUUUAUGUUUGUGUACAUCUAUAACAUAGUGAUAUGCUCAGAGUUGGAUUUGGUGGAGGGUCAAUUCUAACGAAAUUCCUCUUUAGUUCAAUUGUAUUUUCCAUCCCAAGUCGAACUUCAGAUCAUCUUCUGACAAUAUAACCAUGACCUUGUUUCAGCAUAAAUUGAACUCUAGAGGCUAGAUCUCUUGCACGGAUUCAGGGUACUUUGGUAAGUGUACUGUGGUGCACUUUGAGCACUGUUUUUUUAAGUACCAUAUUUAUAAUGCUUGUAGCAUUACCAGCAAACUCAAAACUCUAGUUCAAGCCUUAAUUCUUUGGUCUAACUUUCGAUUGUUUAACGAACAUAGUGUCAUAUCUUUGUCUAAUUUGACUUUACUGUUUAUUUUUUUCCAUUGUCUAAGACUACUUGACAUUAACUGCCAUCUGGAUUUUCUUUCAUCUUUACUUCUUAUAUGGAGACAAACUGUACAUAAAACAAAUGCAACAUCCAUGACAAAUAUAACAAACCAGUAAUCACUAACUACCUUGUUUGGCUUAUUUGGAAGUGUUCAAUUGAGAAAGAAACUACAAAAAAGAUUGUGAAAAAUAUUGGUUUGGUCUUUUGUACUUAUUAUGAGAUUGCCGUGCAAAGUAAAACUCUAUAUGAUAGGCUCUGGAAAUUCCAAUGAGUUUCUAAGAUAAAUGAAAAGAAACAUGUUUUCUUGUUAGAGACAGCCUGAAAAGGCAACUUCUGGAGUUUUAUGGGAUAUUUCUGUAUUUAUUUUUUCUAAACAAUUUACUAUGGGCUGAGAGCCAUUAGGUUUUAAAGCUAUUUAUCAAAGCUUAAAAGAUGUUCUGCAUUUGCUUUGUUUCUUUACAUUUAAUUUUUCUUUUAAGGUGAAGUGAGAUUCCUUUUCUGUUCUCUGGAAAAAUCUUACUCAAUUUUUUGAGAUUGAAUCCACCCAUUUCUUGUAGAAAAAAAGGAAGAAAAAUUUCUGAGUUUUGCUUGUGUUAUAUCAGGUAAGUUUGGCUUUUUUUCAUUUAUCGAACAGCUUGUUUUUGGUUUUUUCUAUGUAGAAGAUUUCACAAAAGGACUGAACACUUCCUACAUCUGAGCAAAGAAUUAGUUAGCUAGAACUAAAACCUAAUUUAAGCUUCUUAGGUGGAUUUCACAUAUUUGUUAUCACUAAUUUACUUGUUGAAACCUGUUCAAACGUUAAUGGAGCAGUUUAUCAGUGGUUUUGUGCAAUGAGAUAAAAGAGGUCGAACAUCAGAUUUUUGUUUUUCCUUUUACCUUUUUGAUAAGUUAGUAAGCAAAAAAAGAAGGAAAAGAAGCAAUAUAAGUAAAGAGAAAAGAAAGGUUCUCACAUGAAGCCCUUAGAAAAGCUUCAAAGCUUCAGGCAGAAACAGAAGAGUUUCAGGUUCGGAGUCUUGGAAAAACAACAAAGCUUUCAAGAAAAGAAGAGUAGGGACAGUGCCGGAAAGCGAGGGGACACUCAACUUCAUUUGGCUGCAAGGACUGGCAAUGUAGUUCAUAUUGAGAGAAUUCUUUCACAGUGUGAUCCCUAUGGCCUGAGGGAACUGAUAUCGGCACAGAAUCAAGAUGGAGAGACUGCACUCUAUGUUGCUGCAGACAAUGGGCAUAGUGGGGCUGUUUGUGAGUUACUGAAAGCUUCAGAUAUUCAGUCUGCUUCUCUAAAAGCAGACAAUAGUUAUGACUCGUUUCAUAUUGCAGCCAAGCACGGGCAUCUAGAAGUCUUGAAGGAGCUCUUGCAUUGUUUCCCCUCAUUAGCUAUGACUACCAACUCAUCAAACUCUACAGCGUUGAACUCUGCUGCUAGUCAAGGUCAUGAAAGUGUUGUCAAUCUCUUGUUAGAAACAGAUGCAAGCCUUGCCAAGAUCACAAGGAGCAAUGGGAAAACAGUCUUGCACUCAGCUGCAAGGAUGGGACACUUAGAAGUGGUGAAAUCAAUUUUAAGUAAGGACCCGAGCAUUGGUUUGAGGACCGAUAAGAAGGGUCAGGCGCCAAUUCAUAUGGCAGUGAAAGGAAAUAAUGUUGAAAUUGUUCUGGAACUUCUAAAAACUGAAAUUUCUGUCAUCAAUAUGGAAGAUAACAAGGGGAAUACACCAUUGCAUAUUGCAACGAGGAAGGGCCGUCCUGAGAUAUUAUCUGCUCUACUAUCAGUUGACGGGAUCGACAUAAAUGUUGUUAACAGAGCAGGUGAAACUGCUCUCAACAUUGCUGAAAAGGCCUGCAAUGAAGCGACCUCUUCCUUUCUAAGAGAAGCCGGUGCUCUUGCUUCAAAAGAACGUGCAAACCCUCCCAACACAGCAAAACAACUGAAGCAAACAGUCAGCGACAUCCGCCACGAGGUCCAAUUCCAGCUAGUCCAAACCCGACAAACAGAGAAGAGAGUCCAAAACAUCAAGAAAAGACUCCACAAGCUCCACGUCAGUGGCCUCAACAACGCCAUCAAUUCUAGCACAGUCGUUGCAGUCCUCAUAGCCACCAUCGCCUUUGCUGCCAUCUUCACUAUGCCAGGGCAGUACAUUGAGACCCCGACUGAUGGUUACACCAUUGGCGAAGCUAACAUUGCCAACAAGCCGGCCUUCAUCAUCUUCCUGGUUUUUGAUUCAUCGGCAUUGUUCAUCUCGCUUGCAGUUGUUGUGGUUCAGACUUCUUUGAUUGUGAUCGAGCAGAAGGCGAAGAAGAGGAUGGUGUUUGUGAUUAACAAGCUCAUGUGGUUGGCUUGCUUGUUUGUGUCCAUAUCUUUUGUCUCCCUCACCUAUGUUGUUGUUGGCAAGCAUAGCUGGUGGCUUGCUUGGUUUAUGUUAGCCAUUGGUGCUUCGAUCAUGCUGACGACUAUUGGGUCUAUGUUUUACUGCAUUGUUGUUCAUCGAAUAGAGGAGAGAAGUCGUAGAGAUAUAAGGAGGCAAUCCCUUAGACGUUCACGAGGCUGGUCAAUAUCAUCAGCUUCAGACUCAGAGAUACUGAAUAGCGAGAAGAAGUUCGUCUGGUUGUGAAUAGUGAGUACAAGAUCUAAACAACCUUAGAGAUUAUAUUGUAUAUUUGAUGCUUUUAUGGGAUGCUUUUUAGUUGCAAGGAGAUCGUUUGGUGGUUGGUAUUCACAGAAUUCAUAUCAUGAAGUAUCAAGCUUUGUUUGUGAGCUAUCUCACAAACAAGGGUUAAA